AUGUUCUACACCUACGCGGAGAAGCAGGGCAACGUGCUGUUCGACGGCUGGCAGCUCCGCCAGGUCGCCUUCGACACCAUGCGGCGGUAUCUUUACUACUCCACGGGCACCCUACGGGAGGGCCAAAUCGCGGCCUCGAGCAUUGAGGAGGCGAUGGGGCAUGGGAAUUCGCCGACGCGGCCAUCCCCGUCGUCGGCAGCGCCGUCCCCCCCCCCCCCUCCCCCUUCCCACCCCGACCUCUGCCACGGCGUCCGCUGGCGGCGGAAGAUCAAACUCGACCUCAUCUCCCAAAGCUGGAAAGAACGCGACGCGCCCUCGAUCGAGGACCCGCACCUGCGCGAAAACGACCUCUUCCAGGUCGAACUCCAGGGCGAGGCGCGGCACCUCCAGCCCGGGGAGGCCCCUGCGCCGUGGCCGCUGCUGUGCCCCUCCGUCGGCCUCGACGGCAGCCCGGGCCGUUGCGUCCUCGUGAACGAAGAGUUCGUCGCCGACCCGUUUUUCCUCCGCGAGCUCUACGAGAGCUUGCGGGAUCAAUUCACGAACCUCCGGCUGGAGCGGGAGCGGACCCGGAUGCAGACUGGCCGCUCCCCACCCUCGCUCUUCGCCCACCUCCAGACGAUCCAAUCGCCACGGGGGAAAGGAGAGCCGUUGCUGUUCAAAGGCAGCCGCGUCAGCGUCGUGCUGCGGCUGCGAAACGAGUACGAAUUCCGUCGGUUUUGCUACGUCGUGCAAAGCGUGUUGGGGUAUGAUAAGCUGAAUGUGCGGCCCCAUCGCGGGCUCGCCCCGUUCGAUCCGCGGAACGGCAUCACCUUCGCGCAAAUCCCGAUGUGCGUCUGGCAUUCCUUCAAAUCGCUCGACAAGACCGUCUUUUAUACCUUUUUGCGAGGCGACCUCGUCGGGCGAACCGAGGGCGGGCAGCUCUUUCUCUUUCUCACCGGUGUUUACAUCUGCAUCACCCACGAGACGGUGGUGAUCUUCCGCGAGAAAGGGGAUAUCUCGCGAUGGGUUCGCAUGCAGGAUGUGCGGGAGUUUCACUACAACACCGUCGCGGAGCGUCCGUUUUUCGCGUUUAUCCCCGAUCCCGGCGGGGUUACGAUCGUGUUCAUCCCACAACCGCCGGUGUAUGGCGCGAACACGAUCCGGCUGUUCAACCCCCAACUGGAGACCCUACGGGUGCGCUACGUCGUCCGGGAGAUGUGCUUCUCCUCGCUGGAGAUUCGCCGGGUGAUUGACAUCAAGGAGUCCACCGCGGCCUCCGCGUUCGACCACGUCGAGCAGGUCGAGGCGGAGACCGGGGCCCAGCUGCGCUUCGACGGCGUCUGCGCCCACGGCACCCCCCCACCGGCGUGCCCGAUGCCCAAAGAGCACCUCGCGACGGUCUGGCGGGAGGUCCAGUCGAUCUACGCCUCGCGGGAUCUGACGCUGGUGAGCCAAUCCGCGAUUCCGAUUUACGGCAACAACCCAAACGAUACGGCGUUGAGUGCCGCACAGGUCGACGCGCUCGCGGCGCGGCUCGCCCGUGGGCGGAUCUCCGCGCACGACGUCGUCGGGAUUUCCUUCGACGAGGCCCGCCGGGUCCGCCCGCGGGCGCGCCGACGGGGAUGCAGCCAAGGGACCCCAUUGGAGACCUCCACGACGGACCCCGCGCGGACGAGCAGCCUGGGGACGAUCUCCACCUCCCACUUCCCCCUCCACUCCCGUGGGAGCAGCCUGGAGACGCUGCACUCCGACAGCCACGGGGGCAGCUCCCGGUCGUCCCUGAGCGACGACGAGGAGGGCUCGCAGGAGUCCUAUGGGGUGCCGGGCGCGCGAUACAUCACCUUGCAGGAGCUCGCCAGCGGGGAGCUCAGCCUCCCCACGCAGGAGAUCCUCGUCGAUCAGCACGCGAUUUUGAUGCUGCAGUCGCCGAAACCACCGGUGGCGGCGUCGCCGCGGCGGGAGGCACCCCCUCUCGAUGUCGUGCAGCCGAUUACGGCGAAACCCCCUUGCCUGCCUUCCCCAUGCAUCCGGCGAGGGGGAAAGGAGAACAAAAAAUAA